AUGACAUGCAGACAUCUGAUUGACAUAUCGAGCUCGCAGGCUGAUCCUUUACAGAGUCGAGAUGUACAAGAGAGAAUAGACAAAUAUAGAGCCCUACUCGAUCAAAUGGAUAGCCAACCGGUCUCUUCUACACGAAUGGGCGGUCCAAAAAAAGAAAUCUACAUGUCUGACCACAUCUCACCCGUCGAUAUUCUGGCAGCCGCCAAACCAAACGAAGGCAUGACUGAAACUCAGGUUGAUUGGUUGUACCAAACCAUGGAUACUAUUCAAGACAGUCUUCAACAGAUACAAGUAAGCCCAGCUGGUGAAAUGGUUGUACGCUUGACAAUGCCAGGCAGUACCCCUAUCAGAGCAUUCUAA